CUCAUGCGCAGUAACACGAUAAACUUGGCCUCGGUGUUGUGUAGUAAAUUAGAUUCCUGACAAUCCUGACAGUGUACUCUCUGUAUUCAUAUUGAUUAAUGACGAUGAAUGAUCGUCGAUCGGUCGCGAAAAAUGCUAGAAUUAUGAGAAUUUGAAAUUUCAGAUUGUCCUCGCGAUUUUGUAAAUGUUGUCGUUCGAAGUGUGACACAUGUCACGAAAUCUAACCUAUGACGUAAAGACUUGGUAAACACCGAAAAUACAGACCAUACAGAUAGCAGGUGGCUUCGGUAAAAGGUCGAAUGUUUACUAAAAAAUUACAUGUCACUUUGGUAGUGCUAAGAAAAUCGCAGUGUAAAGCAUUCGCGGACCCCCUUUGGAAAUGAGAAUAGCGAAAUCAACAGUUGUCCUUCUGGUCUUUGUAUUAAUACUGUCGAUACUUGUAGCGAAUGUUGCCGAUCUGAUCAAUGUCGACACGCACGUGUUAGAUGAUACCUCGUCUAGGAGAAACGGGUGGACAGAAUGGUCGCGACCAAAGUUUUACAAUAUUGGAACAUCAUUCGAUCAUCUGAUCUGGUUCUUACAGAUAUCAGACAUACAUAUAAGCAUAUUUCAAGAUCCAUUUAGGAUAACAGAAUUAAAAAAGUUUUGCAAUGUUACUGUGGACACCAUCAAGCCUUCUGUUGUGCUUGCUUCGGGCGAUCUCACGGAUGCAAAAGCAAAAGACGAGAAGGGAUCUAAGCAAAUAUUAGAAGAAUGGGAAUAUUAUAAGCAGGUUUUAGAUGAUACUGAAAUCACUAAGAAGACUUUGUGGUUAGAUGUGAGAGGCAAUCAUGAUAACUUCAAUGUGGUCGGUCUAGAGUCGAAAAAUAAUUAUUAUUCUAAUUAUUCUAUUCAAGGGAAGAAGCAUCCAAGGUCUUACAUGUAUAAUAUAAAUGUUGGUUCUGAAUUAUACUCAUUUAUAGCAAUAGAUGCUUGCUUAAAACCUGGUCCAAGAAGACCAUUUAACUUUGUCGGUGUGUUAGAUGAGCAUGAAAUUAAAAGUAUAUAUGGACUAGUAAAUAAGUCUUAUGAAAAUAAUGCAGAUUUUCUAAUAUGGUUUGGACACUAUCCUACUUCAUGCAUACUCUCACAUACUAAUACAGGUGUUAGAAAUAUCAUAGGCAGAUACCAAGAAAGCAUGGUGUAUCUCUGUGGUCAUUAUCAUAUGCUCGGUGGAACAGUACCUAACAUGUACACGCUGCAGCAAAUAGGAUUCCUUGAGUUGGAAUUAGCAGAUUGGAAAGAUAACAGGAUGUAUCGUUUGGCAGCAAUCGAUCAUGGUCAGUUUUCUUUUAUUGAUGUGAAGCACGAAGAAUGGCCUGUGGUAUUGAUUACCAAUCCUAAACAUACUUUAUACAUGAUGCCCAGGAAAGAGAAUUUACUGUCUCUCAUUAAAUCUACACACAUUAGAAUACUUGCGUUUUCACUAGCACCGAUAAAAUAUGUUGAUGUUCAAUUGGAUAAUGCUGCUUGGUUAAAGUGUGAACAUGUUGAAGGGCCUCUCUAUACCUCAAAAUGGAAUACGACAGAGUAUAGAAAUGGGAUACACUCUAUUCGAGUACGAGUCGUAGAUACCGAUGGCAGAGAGAAAGUAUUGUCUCAGCCGUUUGCUCUCGAUGGAUCUCGUUUAUCAUUCGGUAUUUUACCUAGGAUACUUCUUAUGUCUAAUGCUAUCAGCCUUUUUCAAUUUUUGUUCGCAACAGUAUUAGUCCUCUUAGUAGUUCCUUUGUGUCUAUUCCGGUUCCUUCAUGUGUUGUGCGAAAGAAAGCACAUGCAUCGACCACGAUACCCAGUAAAGUUUGUUUACGCGUGGUUCAGAAAAUUGUGGAUCUUAUCCACCGUUGACCGCCUUUUUUUUCCAAUGGUACUUUAUGCAUUGUACUUAACAAUUGGUCCAUGGGCCAUUGGUGAAAUAAUAGAUAAUCAUACAGGUAUAAUUUUCGCUUGGGGAACAUACGUUAAUAAUUCUUACCUUCCUGGUGCCUUUACUUACGUUUAUGGAUUUUUCCAAUUAUUUUCGUUCCAUCUACCACUUAUGUUUAUCUUAGCUCAUAGAGUGGAUAAGCGGUUACAGAGUAUUAAUAAGCCAGAUAGUAAAUCGUCAUCAAAGAUUUGUCUUCUGUGGCAACAUUUGCCAAUAAUUUUAUUACUUAUAAUGCAAGCGAAUAUGGCUUAUUUCUUUUGGUUAGCAUAUGGGACAACAGCUACCAUAUUAUGUCCUCUCCGCACUUGGAGUAUUUUCUUAGCAAUGAUAUUAUGGUAUCAAGUAAGCAUGAUGCCAGAAUCUUGUCUAAGGUCCGCGGCAGCUGUAUGGUCAUCUCAUGGUUGAUUCAUAUCAGGCUAGACAAUUUACUAUUGAAAUGUAGCAACUUACUAACAUUUAUUUAUUACGUAACUUAACAAUUUUCACGCUUUUGCGUAAAAGUCAGUAAAUUUAAAAAAAUGUAUACAUAGUAAGUGAGUUAAUAGAAAAUUGGUAUAGUAUCUACUAAAUGUGGAGCAUUUAUUUUGUUACGUAUCAAAGAUAGCUGUGAUUGAUUUCACGGAUUCGUAUUAGUAUAUAAAACCAAUUUAAAGAAAGUAUUUUGCUUUUUUGUCAUAUGAAAGUAAAAUCUACGUCUAAAAAAAUAUUGUCUUAUUAUGUAUUAAAAUUCAAUUAGGUUCUUUAAAGAAUUCCACAGAAUUGGCUGAUUAAAAAAAUUACGAUAAAGACUGUUUAUAUUUGUUACAUAAUUAUCAAUAUCUGUUAACUAAUUUCUAUGAUUUAUACGUGAUUAAAUAUAUUGCCGGAUUGUUUGAAUCUGAUAGUGUAGAAAUAUGUAUUCGUACUAAUUCAUUACAAACAUCAUUAAUUCUUUUGGCUAUACUCAAUAUGAUGGAUUGUAUCGAAUUGCAAUUGUAAUGCUUUUGCAUUACACGUGAAUCAGUAUUUCAUUAGGAAAUAGCUUCUGAUUGGUAUCCUAUAUUUUUCUACAGACAAUCUAUCGCUAUUCUUGAAUACAAUCUCAGAACUGCUAAUGUGAUCUCAAUAAACCAAUGGUUUCCUAUCGUUAACGUUCAUGAAUUUCUUCCAUAGAUAUGCCAAAUUUCGUUGAUUAGUUCGACAAUUUUGAACGUAGUAUUUCUGUUCUUUACGUGUAUGUGUCCUAAAUGAAUUAUUUAGAUGAUACAAGUACUCAGUAUUUGCGUAAUAUAUCCAUAGAGUAUAUGUGGAAAAAUAAUGCAUGUAAAUGUUAAUA